AUGAAAUUAGCUGCUUCUCUAUCAUUACCUAGUGGUGAAAAACCAGAUUUCAUGAAUGAGAAACCAAAGAAGGAGUCGAGAAAGAAGAAGAGUGGUACUCCUCUGAAUGAAGCUAGUUUACCAAAUGGCGAAAAGCCAAACUUUCAAGGUUCAAGGCCUAAUAAGAAGAACAUCGUUCCUGAACAACUGUUGCCAAAUGGUGAAAAGCCAAAUUUCCAACCUUCAAAAUCGAAAAAGUCAAGUCACAAAGAACAAUCCUUUCCUAGUGGCGAGAAAUCAAACUUCCAACACCUGAAGAGUGGUUCCAAGUCAAACUUCCCUCAAGAGCAAUCAUUACCAAGUGGAGAAAAGCCAAAUUUCUUUAAUGAAAAACCAACUUCCAAGAAGAAUAGUAGCAAGAACGUCAAGGACAAGAAAGUAGAGGAUACUUAUGCUGGUUCUUCGUUCCAUUCAUCUCCAUUGGCAUUAAACUUGCCUAAACCUUCAUUUAAAGCUUCACCUAAGCAAGGAGGUGCUGAUGAUGAACUCCCAAGUUCUUCCAAUUCUUCAGUUGCAUCUUCAAAUUCGCCAGUCAGUACACAUGGCAUUGCUGCUGGUCCAGGGGUUCCACCACCUGCCAAUGCAGCCCCAUUAACCAACCCGGUUACUGCCUACCCUCCAGGAAGUAUUCCACCUCCGCAUAUUUAUCAACACCCAACUCCUCAACAACAAUAUCCAUACUAUCCUCAAUUUGUUCAACCGGGGUUUUCAUACCAAGUGACCCCACAGGGAUAUAUCCAAUACCAAUACCCCCCAUAUGGACAACAUCACCCUCAACAAAUGCCACAACACCCUAUUUAUCCUCAUUACCAAACCCCACCACCUCCACAUGCUGCACCGCAGGGUAUUCCUCCAGCAAGUCAACAACAACAACAACAACCACAACAACCAGCUGGAGGACACAAGAUUACAUUUAAUGAAUUAUUAAGUUCAUCCAAGAACUGA